AUGACUAAAGCUUUUUCGCCUAUCAAAGUGGGUCGUCAUGAACUCCAACAUCGUAUUGUGCUUGCACCUUUGACAAGAUUCAGAGCUACUUUGGAGGCUGUUCCUACCCAACUUUUAGUGGAUUAUUAUUCUCAAAGAGCCACCCCCGGUGGUUUAUUAGUAACUGAAGCCACUUUCAUCAGCAGAAUGGCAGGUGGUUACCGUCAAGCUCCCGGUCUUUAUACAAAUGAUCAAAUUGAAGAGUGGAAGAAGGUUACUUCUGCUGUUCAUGAAAAGGGUGGCAUCAUUUUCGUCCAAUUGUGGCAUUUGGGUCGUGCAGGUUCUUCCAACUUAAACCCUAAUAAUGAGCCUAUUGUUGCACCCUCCGCAAUCCCCAUUCCCGGUAAGAAACUCAGUGGAAAGGAUUAUGAAACACCCCGUGCUCUCGAGACAGAAGAAGUCAAGGAAUUAGUAAACACCUAUCGUCAAGCUGCUAUCAAUGCCAUGGCUGCUGGAUUUGAUGGUAUCGAGAUUCACAAUGCCAAUGGUUACUUAUUGGAUCAAUUCUUAAACUCCUCUACCAACAAGAGAACAGAUGCAUAUGGUGGAUCCAUCGAGAACCGUUGUAGAUUAUCUUUAGAAGUGUUGGAGGCUAUCACAGGUGCAAUUGGUGCUGAUCGUACUGCAGCACGAUUCUCUCCCUCUGGUGGUGUCCAAGGCAUGUUGGAUGAUACCCCUCUUCAAACAUGGGGAUACAUUACCUCUGAAAUCCAAAAAAGAUUCCCCGACAUGGCCUAUCUUCAUUUCAUUGAGGCACGUUCUGAUUUCCAGUCUGACAAGAGAGUCAAUACCGUCGAUACCCUUUCCCCUUACCGUCAAAUCUGGAAGGGCCCAUUUAUUACCGCUGGUGGUUUCAGUACCGCUGUUGAACAUGCUGUGAAGCUUGCAGAAGAUACCGGAAACUUGAUUGCAUUCGGUCGUGCAUUCAUUGCAAACCCUGAUCUUCCUGAGCGCAUCAGAAACGGUUACAAGUUGAACCCUUACAACAGAAAGACAUUUUAUACCCAUGGUGCGGUUGGAUAUACUGAUUAUCCUGUUCAUGGUGAAUCAGCCAGUCGUCUUUAG